GGGGGGGGGGGCGAUCGCCAGGAAAAAACUGACCGAGGCCAAGUACAAGGAGCGAGGGACGGUUCUGGCUGAGGAUCAGCUGGCACAGUUUCCCACUCCCGGUUCCCCAGAUGUCCAAGCAGCUGGAGACGUUCCGCUCUCACCUGGAGGCCUUUGCCAGCAAGCACAAGCAGGAGAUCAGGAAGAGCCCGGAGUUCCGGCUGCAGUUCCAGGACAUGUGCGCCACCAUCGGCGUGGACCCGCUGGCCUCUGGAAAAGGGUUCUGGGCAGAGAUGUUGGGAGUUGGAGAUUUCUACUACGAGCUGGGGGUGCAGAUCAUCGAGGUGUGCCUGGCGCUGAAACACCGCAACGGAGGCCUGAUCACGCUGGAGGAGCUGCAGCAGCAGGUGCUGAAGGGAAGAGGCAAAUUCGCCCAGGACGUGAGUCAGGAUGAUUUGCUGCGGGCCAUCAAGAAGCUGAAGGUUUUGGGGAGCGGCUUUGGGAUCAUCCCCGUGGGAGGAACGUUCCUGGUGCAGUCGGUGCCGGCCGAGCUGAACAUGGAUCACACGGUGGUGCUGCAGCUGGCUGAGAAAAAAGGGUUUGUGACGGUCAGCGAGAUCCGGAGCAGCCUCAAGUGGGAGACGGAGAGAGCGAAGCAGGUGCUGGAUCACCUGCUGAAGGAGGGCAUGGCCUGGCUGGCUUCCCAUUGUCACUCCCAGUCAUUCCCAGUCACUCCCAGUCCAUUCCCAUUGCAGGAUCACCUGCUGAAGGAGAGCAUGGCCUGGCUGGGUUCCCAUUAUCAUUCCCAGUCACUCCCAGUCCAUUCCCAUUCCAGGAUCACCUACUGAAGGAGGGCAUGGCCUGGCUGGGUUCCCAUUCCCAGUUAUCCCAGUCACUCCCAGUCACUCCCAGUCC